AUGGAUUGCACAUUCCCCCAUGAGGCAUCUCAGGCUAGUGGGUCACAAGAGAAUUAUGCCACAAGGCAUGCCGAUGGACCGACACCUCCUGGACAAGAUAGCUCAGCUUUUGCUCAACCAACCUCCUUUGAAAUCGAUGCUUGUGUUGAUAUCCUUGGAGACUUGCCCUUCGAUAUUGACUUCGACUUGGAUCUCAAUCCGGUAGAUUUGAAUUUCAACGGGGAGGGACUUGAUUUUGCACAGCUACCCGCUCUUGACCACUCAUUUUCGUUACCUUCUGGGGAUUCGUCAAAUCUGAUGAAUCUGCCGGAUUCAUUACCCUCUUCAAAUUUCCUUCAACCUCAGGAGAAUCCCCAUUUACGUGAAAAUGACCGAAGGCCAAAUGCUAGUAUUCCAUUGGAAACCCCAAGCUUAGGCGCCGACGAGCAGCACCUGAUACAACACUAUCUGGGAACUAUGACUGGCUACGCAAAGGUUGAUGAUUAUCCGAGAGGUGCUAAUAACCUGUAUACCACCGCAUUUUCACAGUCACUCUCCUUCAAACCGCUUCUGUACGCCAUUCUUGCAUUCUCCGCGUCACAUUUGGCAUUGGGAAAUAACUCUUACUUGGAAACGGCAUCACAAUAUGAGCAGCUGGCCCAUGACUCAUUUGAAGCUUGCAAAGACCAUGUCUCAGAGCCGGGUAGCCUUCUUUCUGCGCUCUUUGUACGCGCGAAGAGGGUACAUCUUCUAGCAGGUGACAUAGAGUCAUUCCACUGCCUCAUCACUGAAGCCUCUCAAAUUGCCUUGUCCGAAAGAGGACAGCGGGCAUUGGAGGACCCAUUUUCUCUCGCUCAACGAAUGGUCAUCCGACUUGCUCUUCUAGAUGCACGGGCUUCCUGCUAUCGACUUGGGGGUGGAAAGCUAAUCAGGUCUUUACGCCAAAUUCCUGCCAUGUCAUUCAUCUUCGACCAUGACAGUACUGCUGGCUCAGCAUCUAAUGCAUUGGUCAGCCUCCUUCGAGCUAAUAUAUUACGCAUGAAAGUUGGAGAACUUGACAUGCGGCUACGAUUCCAAAUGGAAAGUGAAGACGUAAUCACCUCGCCAGUACGUACUGAGGAGGUACGCUCACUGCAUAGACAUAUUGAACAUGAGAUUCGGCAAUGGGAACAUCAAAUGAGGAGCAGAGGCCACAAUCCAGACGAAGUUCUGCCAAUGGAAUCUGUCCUCGAGGCGUCUACAUACGCCCAAUAUCUUGUCAUGGCAGCUCUCCACGGUGCUGUGCUAUAUCUCUACCUCCUAUACGUGAGUACCGUCUCUUGGUUUUGUUUUCAAGCCUGCGCAGAGAAAUCGGCUGAUCUUGACUAG